UUCUCGCGGUAACUCCGUUCGUCUACCGGCGGCGACAUUCAGAGAGGAGAUGGCGACCAGAGGGGGGUUCCAGACUGCGCCGACGGGAGGAGGUGGCGGAGCAAUGGGACCUGGACCACCAGUACCUGGCGCAGGACCGGGCAUGGGACCUGGUACUCCUUCUGGAAGAAUGGGACCGUCGCCGGCCGCACAGAACCACAUGUACCGCUCCCCCAUGCCCGGGCCUGGGUACCCGAGACCAGGCAUGCCUCCAUCAAGCCGUAUGACCCCACAGGGACCAGCAAUGGGCCCCCCAGGAUACGGCAACAGCCCAGUGUCUCGGCCGGGGAUGCCCGGUGUUAUGGACCCAUCUCGUAAGAGGCCGGCUCCCCAACAGAUUCAGCAGGUUCAGCAGCAGCAGAACCGCAACCAGCACACAAAGAAGAAGAAGAUGGCUGAUAAAAUUCUACCUCAGAGGAUCAGGGAAUUGGUUCCAGAGUCUCAGGCUUACAUGGAUCUGCUGGCUUUUGAGAGGAAGCUGGAUCAGACUAUUAUGCGCAAGAGGUUGGACAUUCAGGAGGCCCUCAAGAGGCCCAUUAAGCAAAAGAGAAAGCUUCGUAUCUUCAUAUCGAACACCUUCAACCCUGCAAAGCCUGAUGCAGAGGAUGGAGAAGGCACUGUUGCAUCAUGGGAGCUACGUGUUGAGGGCCGUCUACUGGAAGAUACGGCUGUGUCAAAGUAUGAAGCCACCAAACAGAAGAGAAAGUUUUCCUCUUUCUUCAAGUCCCUUGUGAUUGAGUUGGACAAGGACCUGUAUGGUCCAGAUAAUCAUCUGGUGGAAUGGCACAGGACUGCCACCACCCAGGAGACCGAUGGUUUCCAGGUGAAGAGGCCAGGUGACGUGGGUGUUCGCUGCACUGUCCUGCUCAUGCUUGACUACCAGCCCCCUCAGUUCAAGCUGGACCCCCGACUGGCUCGCAUGCUGGGUAUCCACACCCAGACCAGACCAGUCAUCAUUCAGGCCCUGUGGCAGUAUGUGAAGACCCACAAGCUUCAGGAUCCUCAUGAGCGUGAAUUUAUCAACUGUGACAAGUACCUGCAGCAGAUCUUUGAGACCCAACGGAUGAAGUUCUCUGAGAUCCCUCAGCGCUUGCAUGCACUCCUGAUGCCUCCAGAGCCUAUCAUCAUCAAUCAUGUGAUCAGUGUGGACCCCAAUGACCAAAAGAAGACUGCUUGCUAUGAUAUUGAUGUGGAAGUGGACGACACACUGAAAACCCAGAUGAACUCCUUCUUGCUGUCCACAGCCAGCCAACAGGAAAUAGCAGGACUGGACAACAAGAUCCAUGAAACCAUUGAGACCAUUAACCAGCUGAAGACCCAGAGAGAGUUCAUGCUAAGCUUUGCCAGAGAUCCUCAGGGCUUUAUCAACGACUGGCUGCAGUCGCAGUGCAGAGAUCUCAAGACCAUGACCGAUGGCGUAGGAAACCCAGAAGAAGAACGAAGAGCAGAGUUUUACUACCAGCCGUGGGCUCAGGAGGCAGUCUGCCGCUACUUCUAUUCCAAGGUCCAGCAGAGGCGACAGGAGCUGGAGCAGGCACUCGGCAUCAGGAACACCUAAGGAAAUGUGGUGAAGCCUUGUGUGUGAACUGAGUUAUCUGACAAACUUAGAGACAUAGAUAGUAGAUGGCUUUACCACUAUAUAGGAUGAUGUUGUUUUUCUUUGGUCACCUGCUGUUUUUUUUUUUGUUUUUUUUUUUUUUUUACACAUUUCUUGAAUGCUUCGUUCUCUCACACCACCAGACCUCCUUGUAUCUCCUUUUGCAUGUAUAAGCCGUACCUGGAAGCAUUCCUUUGAGUUUUAUAAAUUGUGUCCACACAGAAAUUGGAAAGCAGACGGAAGAUUGUACCUGGCAACUUUUUAAUGCAGUUUGUCCCUGGAACAAAAAAAAAUCUUAAAUCAGAUAGAAUGUGUUGACUCUAUUACGGCUCUUUGUGCCCAUAUGGGAAAGUAAAUUUACAUUUUACACUCCUAAGCCAGCCCCCAGGUGCCUGCCUGUACGGUUAGAUAUCCGUUGUGGUUGUUUUUGUGAUCUGUCAGGCUGAUUUUCUGCUCUUUGGCUAAGUUCUCACGGUUUGAUUUGACAGGUUGUGCUGCAGUCUGCUGUACUGAAUAAGUUCAAAAGUUCAGUCCUGCCAAAGUAUCCAUUGUGGCAAAGCGGUUAUUUCUUUUGGUGCCACUUAUGAGGCUUAUUCCCCCCCACACUUUUUUUAAUGAUCCUUGUUUUAAAAAUGUAUUAUCAGUACUUGUCUUGUUAGCUAGUACAGAUUAUCGAGGAAGUAGCUAGUAUGAGUACCUCUAGUCUAUAUAGUUUUGUAAAUACUCGGCAGGCAAAACUAAAGAUGGAUGUGAAGUCUAAUUGUAUCUUAUCCUGGCAGAGCUUUUUCUUAACUCUUCGUCUACGCUCAGAUAGUCGGACCAGUAUUUAUAUUCGUCGGCUCUUGCUCUGAGUCCAGAGAUUCAUUUUCAAACUACGUAAAGCAACAGCCGACAAACCUGCUUAGUUUUGUGUGUAUUAAUUAAGAGAAGCCAUAAACACUUGAACAAACUCGGCCUCAUGCGGCCGAGCGGUUUUAAAGAGUCGUAGCUUCUUCGUACACUGACUGAAGACUGACACUUUGUGCAUUAAAUAGUCGUUUUCCUGUUGAAGGUAAAAGAUGAGUGUGUGCAUUUUAUUAACAAAUUCCAAGAAUACACUAAUGUGGGUUUGGGGCCAGUCGCUCGAUGGGAAGCCAGCGGUGGGACACUGGGAGGGGGGUUAUAGUGGACUUUUUCAUGGACCAAACCUAUUUUUCUGUAUGUUCUUAUGUUAUAAUAAAGACUAAGCAAAAUGCACCUGCA